CUUAACCUAACCUUGGGCAAGAGUGGCCUCGCGACUUUUAAUCGACUUGUACUAAUCGGUUUUAAUGUCUGCGCAAAGUCGCUUUGCCUGGAGUUCCAGACACCUUGGCCAGCACAGCUUCGGUAUCGCAACUGCGGCCAUACGUAACUACACUACAUACCCGACGUAGUUCAUCGCCCCCAUAGAAGACGCCUUGCAUUGUUUUCCCUUGCUGCGACAAGCGUGAGCCCGUUCGUGAGCUGAGCAACAGGCCCACCCGUCUUGUUCUUGCUUUGCUUUGCUUUGUUUUGUUUUGUCUUGUCUCGUCUAGCCUUGGUCUUGCACAGCAUGGCUCGCAACAUUCGCCAGCAGGCCCUGCAGAAGAUUGCUGCCCUGUCCGCCACGAGCUCUAUCACCUCUUUCGAUCGAUCCGACCUCGACCGUCUCUGUAAGGCAACAGGUCAUGGCAAGGGCAGGGAGAACGGCUCAGCCAGGGGCCAGUCGUUGGCCCGGGUACCCAUGACGAUUCGCGAAUUCGAGGUGCUUUUGGCUCUUUGCAAGGCCGCGCCCGCCAUACAGAGUAGCCAGAGUGCUCAGAAGUUGACGAAUCAAUUGAUACCAUACCUGCUCGAAGCCCAUUCCCAGACUUUCCAGCACUCGCCCUACUUCCGACAAGUCGAUCCCUCCCCCAUUGAAGGACUGGCCCACCACCUGACGGCUGCUUUGCUGUCGCUGGGUGUCAAGUAUGAAGGCUUGCACGAAUCUGUAUCCGACAACGUAUGGGCAUUCCUCGCCUCCACCAAAAACGCCGUUCAAGACAUCGUGGCUUCCGAGGACGAGGAUGGCGUCGAUCAGAGUCUAGAGGAUGCCACACACACCGCGACCAUUGCCAUCGCCCUCCUAGGCUUUCUGGAUGCCGCCUCCGCUCAGGCAGACUUCUGGAGGACUGGUGGUAGGCUGGCGUUGAUCCAGCGAUUGCGCAACCUCUUGACCGAGCCCUUCUUGACUGCGGUGGAGGGAGCCUUCUCCAGUAUUCGCAAUGCUCACGCUUCCGACCGGAACGCCAAGGAGUGGAAGAGGUAUCUCCGGCAUUAUGCUGCGCAGGGGCGUCCUCUCAGUGCAAACCUGCUCCAGCGCAGCUUCUUGUGGCUCCUGCUUUCGUCCACGUCACUCCUGGUCGUAGACGCCAGGUUUCUCAGGGGUACCCAUAUCCUGGAUCUACUCAUGGCCAACAAGGAUUUGCUGAAACCCGGCUCCAUACACAGCCCAGAUGCAGACUUUCGCUCUAUUGAGAUGUACGCCAACAUUGCACGUGAUGAGAUAGAAAGGUUGGAAGAAAGCGCCGACUUUAUCCAAAUGGGCUCUGCUUCUCAGCAGAGACUCGCUUUUGGCGUCAAGUCUUCAGCCUUGAUCAGCUUGUUGAAUUGCACCCUACUUAACGAGGAUGCUUCCGAUCCAGAAGUCAUCAUGGGCUGGCUUGAGGACUCGCUGUUGGACCCUGUUCAGAUGCUCGAUGAGACCUUGGCCACGACUGUCCUGCGCUCAAUGGCGAUCCUGUGUCGGUUGAAUCCGUCUUACGCUCCGAAAGUCAGCCGUCUGUUACCACGUUUCAUUGUGCAGAGCAUACCACGAGGGGAUACCAUUGCUGUGGCGGCUAAAUGUUUGGCCUUCGUGCUUCAAACGCUGUCGAAAGAUGCCAUCAUCACCACCUUGUACACCUUAGGAAACGUUCUAAGUCCAACGACAGAGCAAGGGGUUCCCAACGGCAUUAACGGUGAUGCCGCCGCCGAUGGUACAGGAACUAAUGGCAUAUAUCAAGGCCGACAGUCCACAGGGAGCUCCAUAUCGCUGGCGUUGCAAGGAGAAGAGGAUGCUUCUAUCGUCUAUGCUAACAUAGUUCAAGCAAUCAGCAGUAUUGCUAACAUGUCCCAUGACGAGAAGAUCACUGCUCUUGCUCAGGCCAUGCUGCUUCAGAAGCUCAACAAAGUCAAUCACUCGGUGGAUGCGCAAAUCAUUACGGGCGCGGCACACCUUUCUCUCACUAGCAGUCAGCUAGAGUUUCGUUCUCUUUUGAGGUUGUAUUCGCGAAUCUGCCAGGCUGCGUUGGUAGAGGAUAACACGGCUCUACUCAUGGCAGUCAUGAAAGCUCGCAAUCACAUUUCAGCCAAUGUUAAACGUGGAUCUCCCUUAUUUGAUAUAUAUCUCGAAUACACUCUGGAGGAACUGAUUUCAAAAGGUGAUGUUCAUGAGUCAAAAGAUGCCAGAGAUUCCGAUCUUGAAUUUGCGGCACGCGAGAUCGCACAGCUACUCCAGCCACUCUCGAUUCUCAUGUCUACAAAGCAAUUUGCUGCCAACAUCGAGUCUGAUGACGACAGUCAUACCCUAAUUCGCGAUGCUUGGUUCAACAUCGUCGUUCAUGGUUUCAAUCCCUCAACCGAACGGGGUCAGAAAUACGUGAAUGAGCUCCGCAUAAUGGCAAUCCAUUCACCGCCACUCGUAGCAGAGCAGCGCGGCGAGCAGAACGAAAGCGACAUUGAGCUGAACACCGUGCUUCGAAGAGCCAACACAUCCGACAGAGAGUCGCGACAAAAGAAGCAGCUGACAGAAUCGAUUCCCGGCAAGGCUUCCGAGAUCAGAGGGUUGAGCUAUAGAAAAGUCAUCUUUCUCCAGGCCGCUUACUUGGUGGAGAGCUUGCGCGCCGACUCGGGCGACUGCACGAAGGUGUUGUCCUAUUUCUUGGAGCCCAGCAUGCACAGGUCGGAAGUCAGCAGUAUUAUGACAGGUAUUGCCGAGGUUGUCUUUGACAAAUACCUGACCAAGACCAUAGGAGGCAAGCUGCCAACUUUCUCUGCGCAGUAUGCUGCCGCACAACUUGCCACUAUCCUCUGCGCCUGCUGCCAUCGCAUUCAGAGGGUACAAGAAGCCGCAUUCGCCUACGCAGAUAAGGUCAUUCUGGGUGUACCAUCAGCACUUUGCCAGAGGUCGUCUCUGUUCGCUCUGCUGGAAUUGCUCUCCCUCAUGUGGACAAGCUGCCUCGAAGCAGAAACCGAAAUGUACGAGCCGCGUUCUGUUUUCACAUCAACACGUGGUAAUGUUACCAUCGAACUCUCCGAUGAUUACGGUUUCCGUAGAUACACCUUGGACCGCCUUUACCAGAAAGCAAAAGUUUGGGUGGCUUCUGUCCUUAAUCUAGCUCCGGCAAACGUCAAGGGUGUACUACAGACCUACCUGUCAGAGUUUGACGAUGUAGCAACUUAUGGGCACAUGUCACUUGGGAGAUCUUUUGCUAUGGAGAUGGGUUCAUCCAUCCCUUUGACGGACCAGAGACUAACAUCCCUCAACGCUGUGGGCGCGACAACCAUCAACACGGCCUCCGAUUUUAUUGCUCAAUACACUACACGCCAGGAAUACCGGUACGGAGAAGCUUUGCCUGAUCAUGGAAUGGACCUUGUGAAUAUCAUGCCUUUAGGUCGUAGAGCGUCCUUCACCAAGUCUCCUCUGAACGAGACUGCCAACGCAGUCACCGCCUUGUCACAUAUUGAAUCACGCCUGGCUAUGAAGAAAUCGACUCCGAUCAGUGAGGUGCGUGAGAUACUGCGACGAGCUGCGGCUCUUUUAUGCCGCACAAAUAGAGACGAAAGUGCUGUCACGCAUUAUCUGGUCAGCAUCCCUUUCGCCAUGUUUACCAAGGAAUCCCUCAAGCUUGGCGUUUCUCUGUGGCUUGGUGUGAUGAACGAAAACCCUAGGAUGGAACCACGAUUACUUGUCGAAAUCGCCCAGCAAUGGGAAUCAACCAUCCAGAAGCGCCUUGGUUUGUUCAACCCUACAUUGAUGCAUCCCGAUCCCUUUUUCGUCAAAGAGGAAUUCGCCCCCAGUAACCAAGAGGCCUUAGUCAAGCGCCGCCAUGUCGUACACAACCUGCUGGCUCCUCAUACACGGCUGGUGCAGUUCUUCAGCAGCCAUUUCAACUCUACUCGACUAGGAAGUCCGGAUACUCAGCGCAUUUUCCUGCGCGUACUUGAUCUGACACUCGAUGCAAUGAAGAAGUCCAUCUCUCAUCCCAUGGCCAGAGAGCUCCGCUUGCGAAUCAUCCUCUUCAGUUUGAGAGUACUAAGAGUCAGCAACCCUGUCGGAACUCUCACGCAGUGGCGUCUGAAAGAUAAAAUCUUGUCUGCCGGUCUGAGUUGGUUCAAAUUUGUCCCCAAGUGGUCUUUUGGCAGCAACGGCCUCCAGAUCAAGACCGAAAUCCGCUUGAUCUCUGACGUCAUGGCAGCUCUGAAAGGAGUCGACUACAUUGCAGCUAAUGCAGCUGGAUCAUAUAGAGCUUUACACCAGAAGGAGCAGCUGCUUCAGAUCCUUCUUGAGAGCGAGCAAGCACGACUCAACGUCUGGGUUCACCCUCUCGGUGAUAAUGGCGCCAGAGCUGACAUCAUGACUCACCACGGCCAAAAGACACUUGAGAUUUCACUUCAUCCACUAAUACGACUGGCCUGGGCUGAGAGCCCGGCAUUGGCAGUCGAGCUCGUGAGCAGGUUCUCGUUCAACAGCGUCCUCAACGAAGUCCGCUGGCUGCUCUUGAACUUCACACACAAGGCGAUCGCUGAGCCUGAUGCGCUCCCGAUUCUCCUCGGUGGUGAAUUGCCCUUAGAUGUGCGAGAUCAGCUCAAGUACCUGCUCUAUUGGGCGCCUGUCAAUCCUGUAACAGCUGUUACAUAUUUCCUGCCAGCGUACCGCAACCAUCCAUUCAUGAUACAGUACGCCAUGCGCGCAUUAGAAGAUCACCCUGUUGACGUUACUUUCUUCUAUGUGCCUCAGAUCGUGCAAAGUCUGAGAUACGAUGCCUUGGGCUAUGUGGAGCGAUACAUCAUCGAAACUGCACAGUUCUCACAGCUCUUCGCUCAUCAAAUCAUUUGGAACAUGAAGGCGAACUCGUACAAGGAUGACGAUGCUCAGAUUCCCGACGAUAUUAAACCCGCACUUGACAAAGUUAUGGAGAGAAUGGUCGAAAGCUUUUCGGAUGAAGAUAGAGCCUUCUAUGAGAAAGAAUUUACUUUCUUCGACGAAGUUACGAGUAUCUCUGGCAAGCUUAAGCCUUUCAUCAAGCGGCCUAAGCCCGAAAAGAAACAGAAGAUUGAGGAGGAGCUCCGCAAAAUCAAAGUUGAAGUUGGCGUCUACCUGCCUAGUAAUCCAGACGGCGUUGUCAUCGGCAUUGAUCGCAAAUCAGGCAAGCCUUUACAAUCUCACGCCAAAGCACCGUACAUGGCCACAUUCCGUAUCAAGAAGCCGAAGGCAGACGACCAGGAAACCCAGGAGGAGGCUAUUCAAAAGGCUAGCGACACUGGACAAAUGCCCCAGGAGAAUUCCAUUGAGACUUGGCAAUCUGCUAUCUUCAAAGUAGGAGACGAUUGUCGUCAGGAUGUUCUGGCUCUCCAGAUGAUCGCAGCUUUCCGCGGCAUCUUCCACAACGUUGGUCUUGAUGUCUACGUCUUUCCCUACCGUGUCACUGCCACGGCGCCCGGAUGUGGUGUGAUCGAUGUCCUGCCCAAUUCUAUCUCACGAGAUAUGCUUGGCCGUGAGGCAGUCAAUGGGCUCUAUGAGUAUUUUGUAAGCAAGUACGGCAACGAAGACUCCCUGCGCUUCCAACAAGCGCGCAACAACUUUGUCAAGAGUAUGGCCGCAUACAGUAUCAUCUCUUUCUUGUUGCAGUUCAAAGAUCGACACAACGGCAACAUCAUGAUCGACGAUGCCGGACAUAUCCUUCAUAUCGAUUUUGGUUUCUGCUUCGACAUCGCUCCUGGAGGCGUGAAGUUUGAACGUGCACCCUUCAAACUCACUGGCGAGAUGUUGGCUGUCAUGGGUGGCAGCCCUGACCAUCAAGCCUUCAAAUGGUUCGAGGAACUCUGCGUUAAGGCAUUCUUGGCGGCUCGUCCCUAUGCAGAGAAGCUGAGUCAAAUCGUGCUUCUCAUGAUGGAUAGUGGAUUGCCGUGCUUCAAACCAGAGACUGUAUCACACUUCAAGGAACGGUUCGUGCUUGACAAAAACGAGAGGGAGGCUGCCAUGUUCGUCAGAGACUUGGUCAAGAGGAGUGCUAAUAACUAUUCGACGGCGGUGUACGAUCAGUUCCAGUUGAUGACCAACGGUAUUCCUUACUAAGGGCUUAGGGUCAGGGAACGAGAGAAGGGGUAUGCUAGCAACAAAAGGCGAUACAAAUAACUCGGAACAUAACUUAAUAGGCUACAAAUGUACAACCCAACGUCCUUAUGAAUCGAACGCGGUGUACAGGUACAAGUGAGGUCAUAACUACUGCCUUCCUUGA